GCGCGGUGGGCGGAGCGCGGCUCUCCAGCCGCCUUUGGCAGCUCGGUCCUUCCCAGCUUUGCCCAGUCCGUGUGGAGCUCUUUUCGCUGUCUGGUCGCGGAGAGUCGCUGCCGAGUGGGCGCUCGGUGUUCGGGUCGUCAUGGCUGGUUACGAAUACGUGAGCGCGGAGCAGCUGGCUGGCUUUGAUAAGUACAAGUACAGUGCUGUGGAUACCAAUCCACUUUCUCUGUAUGUCAUGCAUCCAUUUUGGAACACUAUAGUAAAGGUAUUUCCUACAUGGUUGGCUCCCAAUCUGAUAACUUUUUCUGGCUUUCUGCUGGUUGUAUUCAAUUUUCUACUUAUGGCAUACUUUGAUCCUGACUUUUAUGCUUCAGCACCAGGUCACAAGCAUGUACCUGAUUGGGUUUGGAUUGUAGUGGGCAUCUUGAACUUCGUAGCCUAUACUCUAGAUGGUGUGGAUGGAAAGCAAGCUCGUAGAACCAAUUCUAGCACUCCCUUAGGGGAGCUUUUUGACCAUGGCCUGGAUAGUUGGUCAUGUGUUUACUUUGUUGUAACUGUGUAUUCGAUUUUUGGACGAGGAUCAACUGGUGUCAGUGUUUUUGUCCUUUAUUUCCUAUUAUGGGUAGUUUUGUUCUCUUUCAUCUUGUCCCACUGGGAAAAGUAUAACACAGGGAUUCUUUUCCUGCCUUGGGGAUAUGACAUUAGCCAGGUGACUAUUUCUUUUGUCUACAUAGUGACUGCGGUUGUGGGAGUUGAGGCCUGGUAUGAACCUUUCCUGUUUAAUUUCUUAUAUAGAGACCUAUUCACUACAAUGAUUAUUGGUUGUGCAUUAUGUGUGACUCUUCCAAUGAGCUUAUUAAACUUUUUCAGAAGCUAUAAAAAUAACACCUUGAAACAUAGUUCAGUCUAUGAAACUAUGGUUCCCUUCUUUUCUCCGUGUUUGCUGUUCAUUUUGUCUACAGCAUGGAUACUCUGGUCACCUUCAGAUAUUUUAGAGUUACAUCCUAGAAUAUUCUACUUCAUGGUUGGAACAGCCUUUGCCAACAUCACAUGUCAACUGAUUGUUUGCCAAAUGAGUAGUACCCGGUGCCCAACUUUGAAUUGGUUGCUGGUUCCUCUCUUCUUGGUUGUCUUGGUGGUAAACUUAGGAAUAGCCUCUUACAUUGAGAGCAUUCUCCUGUAUACAUUAACAACUGCUUUCACUCUGGCCCAUGUCCAUUAUGGAGUAUGUGUGGUAAAGCAGCUGAGCAGCCAUUUUGAAAUUUACCCCUUCUCAUUGAGGAAACCAAACUCAGAUUGACUAGGAAUGGAAGAAAAGAAUAUUGGCCUGUAAUCUACAGAAAGAAGUGCUGUAAAUAGAUGCUUGUAAAUACUUCAUCCAUCACCAUUGAACUAAACUGAUCUGCUUGACAGACAUGGGAUCUCAGUAUGUAUGGUACUUGGACAGCAGGAAUGAUACAUAUGAUCUAAACUUGUGAAAUUUUGGACCUAUUAAUUCCCAGCUUAUUUUAUUUUUUAUAAAACUAUGUGACAUUUUGGUUAAGCAUAAUGUACAUUAGACCAGCAAAAUGUUUUUAGUCAUUUUUGCUUCUUGAGUUCAUAAUGUUUUGGUUCAUAUACAGUUAAAGAUGCAUUGUUUUUAUUUUUAAAAUACCAAAAUUGGUUUUGGAAUACUGAUAACAUUCAGAAAAACACAAUAUGUUUUCAUAUUUGGUACUUUGUAACAAUGGGAGUACUAGUGACCCAAAUCUAAUAUAGGGAAAUGAUAAAACAAGUCACCUUUUACAAGAGAUGCCAGUGACCACCAAACAACAUGCAAUUGCCAAAUACUGGUUUCUCUUUCCCAUGAAAAUGCCUUUUGUCCUCACAUGCUAAGAGAGCUAAUGUAUUUAGCUAAUAUGUACUUAGAUUCUCUAGUAUUCUGGCUCUUUUUGUUAUGGAACAGAUCUUGAUAAAUGAUGUAAUUUUCUUUUAAUGAGAAAUAUUCUAUUGAGAAUCAGUAGAGAAUGGAUUGUAAUUAUAGCUCACCUGUUGGGGUGGUUCACUGUUUAAAUGUGGCGUUUUUACCCCCUCAGCUGCAGGUUGCUGAGAUUUGGUGCCUGAGAGCUGUAAUUGUAAGAAUGCAUGUGAUAGUUCCAGACUUAUGAUAAUUACUUGUGAGGAAUGCAGAUAAAAGCAUGUCAUAAGAGAAACUUAAAUUGGAGUUAGGAAUCUCAUGAACCUCACUACGACCAAAAUUAGUUUUGUUAUUCAAUUUGCCCAUCUGUCCUUCCUUUCUCUCUUUGUCUUUCUUGGUGGUGGGGUGCUGUAUUUUUUAUUUCAUACAGGAUAAAGCAGAGAGAAAUUCUCUCUUCCCCAACUUGCCCGUUGCCCCAUUUGAGGAAAACUUUUGAUAUAUAUGCCUUAUUGAGUACAUACUCCCUUUAAUAUGACUUGGAAUAAUUUCUGAGGUUUACUGACAAAUAUAAAAAUUCUUUUAAUGUGGUUGUUUUAUAAAUCACACUUUUUCAUGAUGUGGAUAUUUUAUUCUAUUUCUUUUUAACUUUGUCUUCAUUUAAUUUGGUGGUGGUGAAAUUUACUUGCUGAUUAUCUUUUGUUUUUCACUGAAUUGAAGUUUGUGCUUGAAUGAAGAGUGUAUCUUAAACCCUUUUUUUUUGGACAGGUUGCACUUGGAUAAAAUAGGCACCACUGUGUUGAUAUGUAAUUAAAUUCAUAACCAUUAUUUAUCUAUGAAUGUGACCAUUGUUGAAUUUAAUUAUAGUGUGUUUCUUUGUUGAAUUUCAGUCUGCUGCUUUGUAAGAAAUAACUAUAAUUGAUAUUUCAUUUUUUAAAUUUGUAAAUUCUAAUCAUUGUCAUUCAAGUUAUUAGAAAUGAGUCAAGGAGCUAGUUCAUGGUUCUGUACUCAUUUAAAAAAAAUUAUAGAAGUUGAGGUAUGUUUGGUGACUUUCUCUGAGAUAGAAACGAACACUGAAAAUAGAUGAGAAAUCGAUGCAGGAAAAUGUAGAUGGUGAUUCCGUGUUUGUUAAUAAAUCACCAUCAUGUAGUUCAGAGAAGGAACCAAUUAAGUGAAGGUAACUAUUUUUUGUAUAUCUUGUUCUAUGUGGUCUGUAAAAUUGAACUGGAUAAAGUAUUAAUUUGGGGUAGGGUUAAAAAAAAGCUUUGUGUUAAGAUUUCUAAGCUUAUUAUUUUACUGUUUUAUUGACCUUGUAUCAAGAAUGAGAUGAAUUUGUAUUAUAUAAGAAAAUAACUGAUAAAUAUUUAUAAAAUGACAAAUUUGGAUCACA